AUGGGUCGCAAGCCGAAUCCCCUCAUCCUCGAGUAUUUCGUCCGCGGGCCCAAGCUCAACGACAACAGCAACCGCUAUCCGCACACGUGCAAGCAGUGCGGCGAGAACUUCCCCAAGGGCCGCAUCGAUAGCCUGACGACGCACAUCACCAAGAAAUGCCCGGCCAUCUCCGACUCGGACCGCAUGCGAGCCUGCCUCGAGCUUCACGGCAUCACCACCGCCAGAGCUGCCAUCGAGCGUCCUCAGGGCGGGGCUCCCGUCAAUGGCCAGCCCACCGCUCAGCUCGCGCUGCCGCAGGGUUGGAGUGCCCUGGAGACUCUCGCCGAAGCAUCGCGCCAGGUCGAUCUGAACGAAAACAAUCGUGGCCAGAAGGCAUCCGACACCCCUAAUCCUGCUGCUAAUGGCGGCGGCUUUGUGCCAGAUCGACUGGAGCUGCAGGAGCAAUUCACACUGGAGAAUCCUCCCGCAACGUACGACAGCCCUUUUGCAGGCAAUGCCGUCGUGCAGGUGGCGUCACCGACUCCUGAGCUUUCACCAGAAGAACGUCUUCAGGCUCUCCUCCCCGCCAGCGAAACAUCGCCAGACCCAUCCAACAUCUCUGUCGCUGUUGCCGCCACUGCCCGCUUGAAUCCGUCCUUUCUCGACCCUCAGCUUGUCAACACCGACAUUCCACCGCCGACUUCAUCUCCUCCAACCGUAGAGGCUCAGGCAACUAUCGAUCCAGUGCCAGCCUCCCUACCCACCACGCUGCCCACCUCUAUACCAACCACUCUCUCCGAUGCGAAUGUUUCCCAGCCGUGGGGCGAAAUGACAUACCUGGCUACUACUACCCCUAUUCCCUUGCUCACGGAGAAUUCUCCAGCACUGCCUCUAAUGAGCCGCGGUGGUGUUCGAAUGGACACGAGCGAUGGGCUCAUCAAUGGCAGAGCACGCCACGCACGGUCGAGAUUUACCCCUGCCAGACGCAAGGAGGUUCAAGAAGUCCGCAAGAUAGGCGCUUGCAUUCGAUGCCGGAUCCUGAGAAAAAACUGCGGCAAAGGAACGCCCUGCGAUACUUGCCGCAAGGUCCUGGCACCCCGUGUCUGGAGGACUGGCUGUGUUCGCACACGUCUACACGAACAACUUGAUCUAUAUGCUGCUGGCGUUCAGGUCGUUCUAUCUCAAAACCGCAUCAAUCUCAUUAAGGAUCAGCUCAAGCUCACCAACGAUGGGAGCUUGAUCGAAGUAUCCCAUUUUCCCGAAGCAGGCAAAAAGAUUGUCUUCGGGGCCUUGGUGUACCCACUGGAGCCAAACGAAACACAGGCGGAGGCUCGUGGAGACAAGACACCAUUUCAUCAGGUCAUCAUGAUUGACCAAGAUUCGGAGGAUAUCCCGGCCAAGGCCGAGUCGUACAUGCGAGAUGUGCUGAGUACCUUUAUUGAGCGUGAGCCGUCAAAGUUUAUGAGAGUGACGCUCGAGGCUGCAUGUCAGCAGCUUUCAAAGGGAGAAGACGACCUCCUCAGGAAGGCCUUGGAGUUGUGGGGUCUUGUCGAGAGCAUCGAUCGCGAACGGCAGUGGACGAUUCUAGAGAAACCGAGUGCCGAGGGAGAAGAGCCGAGAUGGAUAAAGGAAGCACAAAACGAAAACGACGCAGACAUUUACACCAUGAUCUGCAUGCAGCUCAACGCUGCCGCGGAGCGAAAGGCUAACAGCACCUCCAAAAGUCUGUUGAACCACAUGGACAGGCUGCUCACCGACAGCAAGACAAAGGUCGGAUUCAAGAUCUAUCUCACCGCCAUCAUCUUCCUCAACUGCGUGGAGAAGUCCACCUGGGCGUUUAAGGCUUGGGAGCAGGACCAUCUCCGCCCAGGCUGGCCCCUUGAGCGGGACCCAAGCGUGUUCACCCAGCAGGGCGGCAAUUUGGCUGGACUGCUGAAGAUGCUCUUGUCCAUUCGCAAGGCGUUGCCUCAAACCAUGAGGGGCCUAGAUGGGAAAUUGACAGUUCAAGACAAAGACCCGGAAAUCACGGAGUACUUCCAUAAUCUUGAUCUUGAUUUCGAUACCAUCGAAGCCCGCCAAAAAAGCUCACAAUUCUCUCCUGCCGACUCCCGUUCCCUCGAACUGGCGUUUUGCUCCCAUCUUUUACUUCCCAACCUCCCGGCCUAA